UUGACACGAGAAAAAGAGUCCUUCUGUUUCUCCCCCUUGACCAUCCACCAUCACCCAUCGCAGUAUCCUUUCCGUCGAUCACUUGAGCUGUUUUUGAUAGAAACAUACAAGAAUAUGGCUACGGGAGACUCAGUCGACCAUCGCAACUGGUCAGAAACUGCAGUGUUCCGGCUGGCAAAAUAUUCUAGAUCCAUCGCCCGGCCCGAUCAGUCGUCCGAGGCUCAACCGUCCGUUUCCCCCGUGGCCCGGCCAACCGCUCCACUCGAAUGGAGUCACUUCACGCAGACUGGUCUGUCUCUGAUCGUCGAGACGGUUCACGUGGAUUCAAAGCAGAACAAUCGUAUUGGAACUCGCCAUCAACAGAUUAUAUUAAAAAUCAUAUGGGAUAACAAUCCCUCAUCGCAGAAUGGAAACUUGGACGCUACUGGUUCGACUGACCGAGCUGGGGUUUUCUUACUUGACAAAGUCAAUCUGACUGAAGUCCAAAGGACAUUUGGCCACUCGAAACAGGUAGAUGAAAGUCCGCUGAAAGCAAAUUGUAAGGACUGCGUGGUUGGACUCCGUUACGCUACCGGGUAUUCAGAUAGCUCAUUCACCUUCAAUCGUAUCCAAUUUAAACUUCAAACACCCGCUGAUUCUAUCAGAUUCAUAGGAAUCAUUGAAACGAUUUGUCCUUGCAAAAUUAGUAGCGGAAUGCAGAACUCGCAAUCUUCUAGGAGCAAUGCCUACCAACUUCCGGUCCACCUAAACCCUCCCGGGCUGGGUCACUCUUUUUCUCAGCCACCAAUCGAGAUCAGUACCAGCAUUAUGGAGUCACAAGACUUUUGCAAUCAGACUCAGCUUUCAGAAUCUUCACCGCCUUCCAGGAAAAUCAUUUGCCAACCUCCGACCAACACCAGCUCCACUCGUGUCGGUCAUUCAAUCCCGCCACUAAUCGCAAUCGAUACCAACACUAUCGAUUCACAAGGCUUGGGUAACGAGGUGGAGCACUUAGAACCGGUCACCAGUGCUCAAUCAGAUCUUGUAACAUUGCAGUCAUUGCAUCCAGAUAGCCAGACCCGAACAUUUCCUGCGCUAGCUUCAUUCGAAAGCCGGCAUACUUUGCCCGAGGACUUGAACAGCUUAUCAGAUGAAAAUUUGAUGGAGUAUAUGCGCGAAAUUGUGAUGGAGCCUGGGUUUGAUAGCUUUGUACAUCGGGUCAAAAGAUUGAUGUGA